AUGCUUUUGACAUCGACUCUGUCAGCGACAGCCCAGCAUGCAGACCUCGGUCGUCGGAAGGUUAACACUGCCAUCAUCAUAUCAGUUCAUCACAAUGUGUAUCUUCCGUAUCUCUUUAUUUUCUUCUUGGCCGCUUCCUCAUCGCCAGUCUUGGCUCACGGCUUCCAAGGAGGAGAUUUUUGUACUAAAAAGCAAACACCUACUACGAAUGGUCAAUCGACCACUACAGCGGCGGCGCUAUCAAUAAAUUUUUCGUGA